AUGUAUGUGUCUCCUCACUCUCUGAAGUUCUUCGACACUGCGCCCUCACAAGUCCCAAACUUCCCAGAGUUUGUGACUGUCUUCAUGAUUGAUGAUGUCCAGGUUACUUAUUUCGACAGCAACAUCAAAGUGAAUCUGCCCAAACAGAACUGGAUGAAGGAGGCCAAGGAUCUACAGGACUGGGAGAAAGAAACCGGAGCCCUUCUGGCAGCACAGCAAACCUUCAUUACUGACAUUGAAGUUUUAAAGCCGCGCUUCAACCAAACUGAAGGUCUUCAUGUGUAUCAAAGGAUGUGUGGCUGUGAGUGGGAUGAUGAAACUGGAGAGGUCAAAAGUUAUUAUCAGUUUGGUUAUGAUGGAGAAGACUUCAUUAAUCUUGAUCAGAAGCAAGAAUCGUGGGUUGCUCCAAAACAGAAGGCUGUCGUCACCAAACACAGUUGGGAAAAUGACACAGAUUUCAUGUCAGGAACAAAGACGUACUUAGUCGAGAUUUGUCCUGAGUGGCUAAAGAAAUAUUUGGAAUAUGGAAAGAGCUCUCUGAUAAGAACAGAGUCUCCUUCAGUGUCUCUCCUCCAGAAGUCCUCCUCCUCUCCCAUCAGCUGUCAUGCUACAGGUUUCUAUCCUAACAGAGCUGAACUGCUGUGGAGGAAAGAUGGAGAGGAGAUCCAUGAAGGAGUGGAGAAAGGACAGAUCCUCCCCAACAAUGAUGGAACUUUCCAGAUGAGCGUUGAUCUCCAACUUCCAUCAGAAGAAGAAAUGCAGGGAUAUGAAUGUGUGUUUCAGCUCUCUGGAGUCAAAGACGACUUCACUACUAGACUGGAGAAAACAAAGAUCAGCACCAAUGAAGGUUGGAAGCCACCCACAGAGUCUUCCAAUCAGAUGGUGAUCAUUGGUGUUGCUGUUGCUGUGGUUAUCGCUAUUGUUUGUGCUCUGGUUGCAUUCAUCCUUUUCAAGAGAAGGAACGCCAAGCGUCCACCCUCUCCUGUAGAAAACAAAGAGGUCGAGCAGCAGAUGCUUCCAGAACAAAAAUGAAUAAGAGCUGAACUCUUCUCUGAACAGUUUUGGAAUCAAGUCUUCAACAAAUUAAGGACAAAAAAAUAUUUUUUCCCUUGUAAAUUGCAAUUUUCUAAUGACAAUUAAAAAAAACCCUAGCAAUUCUUUAUAGAAAUGAAUAAGGAUUAACAUGUCAACAAGACUUACUUAGCAUGCAAACAGACAAAUGUUGUCCUUUAAAAGCAAACAAUAAAUAAAUAAAUAACACAGAUUGGAGAUUGGUUCAUUAAAAUGCUUCUUCUUUUCCAGUAAAAUAUAAAAUGGUUUAAAUCUGUAAAUAAUUCCAGAUGUGGUAAAUCUAAAGUUAAUUAAAGUUGUAUACUAUGUGAUGGUAACUUGUUUCUGCUCAUUGCAUUUUUGUUUCAGUUCAAAUCAAAUUUGUUUUUUUUCAUUGUCUGUAUAUUUUAACGCUUUUAGAGACACACUUCUCAAUUUGCUCCUGUGAUUUUAAAGAUAAUCUCUUGAAUCAAAGUUAAACUUAACUGUUUUUAGUUUUGGUUCUCGUUUAUGUUUUUGUUGUUUUGACUUGUUUGUUUUUGAUUGAUUUAAAAUAUUUUCUCUGUGUAGACAUUACUUAUAUAAAAGUUGGGGUUUAAUUACUUUGGGUAAACAAAUGUUCAGUUGAAUUUAUGCUUGAUUUUUAUUUGUAAAAUUUUUCCUAAAUAAACACUGUUGUAAUUCCA